AUGGGAGAAAUCGACGAUGACAUAGAAUGGCUUGAAGAUAUCAACGAUAGAAAUCCAUCUGCUGUUUCUUGCGACAUAUUUAAUGAUAUUACAGCCAAAAUAAGUUCAACCGAAUUAUUAGAAACGAUAAUCAAUUAUUUCAUACAACAGAUCAACAAUCCAACAGACUGGAAGAUUGUUUAUGCAUGUCUUACUGCUAUAUCAUGCACUUCCUCAUGCACAUUAUCAUAUUUGAUCGAAGAUGAAGAUACUGAUUCAUCCAGAGAGUCACUGAUACAAUUUAUGACGCCUAUUAUAGAGAUAUUAAAUACAGAUGAUGUCCAUCCUCGCAUAAGAUACGCUUCAUUUCAAGUUAUAAAUAAUUUCUGUUCAAUUAUGCCAUCUUUCUUCCCAUUAGCAUUAUUUGACCAACUAUUCCCACAUCUCAUAUCAUAUAUCGCCGAAGAACAGAACGUUCUUGUCAGAAGGGCAGCAAUUGACGCAUUAUCAAGUUUUAUCAAGAACACAAGCCGAGAAACACUUUCUCCACUCUAUCCAUCGAUUAUAGAGACACUUCUCUCCUUGAUAACUGAUUGCAAUGAUAACCAAUGUUGCGAAAAACUUCUUUUUUGUUUAGGUUUGUUCAUUAUGGGAAUUGGAGACACUUUUGACAGGCUUGAAGACGUCACCAGUGUUCUUCAACAGAUAUACGAGAUAGCCGAAGACCAGCACUUGAAGUUCACUGCGAUUACAACGUUCGCGAUGUGUCUGAACAAGAGAUCAACUUCUCAAGAAAUCAAUCAACUUUCUUUGGAUUUUUUGCAAAUUUUAGUUGAUAUAAGAGAGAGUUUAUACGAAAACGAAGACUUAGAGAGAUGCCACAUUGCUAUAAUACUACUCAUACAGUCCUUGGCAACUGAUGUUUCUGUUAUCUCUGAUUAUCUUUUUGAAAAUUUCCUUCAAACAGCAAAAAACGAAAUUUCUAUCGUUGUUUUACAUCAUUGCGACAACGACAUUGAUGUUUCGUGCAUGAAAAGAAUACCUAGUCCAACAGUUGGCGACAAACUCUUUAUAAACGAAAGCCAAGUCACUGAUGUUGUUCGUUCUCUCAAAACUUUAACGGUUUUAGUCAAAAUAAUUGAUGUAAACCAGUCAAAUUACUUGAACGAGUGCGCAAAUGUCAGUGCAGAUAUUCUCAACAGGGACAUCUUCAUUGAGACAAUGGCAGACCACGCGUUGAGUUUGUUGAUUCAAUGUUUCAGGACUUCGGAAAAUUCUGAUUUCAAAUGUCAAAUUUUGACAACUGUUGUUGAAGCGUUUACCAGUUUGCCGUCAUCAAUUAUUAUCACGCCAAGCUUUGUGAAUGCAAUAGUUAUAACUGUAAGUGAAUUAAUCUCUCACGCGAAGGAAAUCGAAUGGGGAAAUGAACAAGAAAUCGAAAAACUUUUGAUUUCUAUCACACAAAUCACUGAGAGAUUGUUUGAUGCUCUCCAGAAGAUCGUCAUGAAGAAAAAGGCAGAUAACAUUGACGAGAUACAAAUAGAUCUCCCAAUUUCUCUCUUUCAGAUCUGUUUGUCAAAUAUUCCGUCACUUUAUUCUGAGAUAAUUGUUUUCAACUUUUCCAAGGCAAUUGAGUAUUUUGAAACAAGUCUGGAAGCAAAACUAUUGACUAUGUUCAAUGAUAAACUAAUGUCAAAGACUGCUUUGGAGAUUUGGUUUACUUUUGUCAUAAAAUUAUCUGAUAUCAACAGGAUAUCAAACAUUUAUGACGUAAUUAUGCCAUGGAUUGAAGAAGAUAAUGAUUAUGACCUUAAGCAGUCCAUUUUUGUUUGUUUACAUAACGCUUUCAAGCUAAUUAAAGUUGAUCCUCAAAUUUUCGAAAAAUAUUAUACGAUGUUCAUCAAAUUAUUCGAAGGAGAGUCAUUAAUGGCGAAUGUAACAGUUAAUGAUAGCGCUUUAGGAGCAUUUUGUGCACUUGUUUCCUCAAAUCUAAAUUAUUCAAAUGCGGAAGUUGAUGCAGAAGUCUUAAUGAAUAACUUACCAAUAGAAAGUAUAGAGGAUAUAUCAGAAACUGUUUAUAAUUUGUUUUUAUUCUUUGUCGCAAAUUAUCCUCAGUGGUUCCUCAACGAAGACAAUUUCCCCACAACAAUAAGCCAUUUGGUACAGGCCUACGAAUGCUCCAGUAUUUCGGAGAAAUCAAGAAACAAUGUAAAACUUGUUUUUAAGAAGAUUAUGAAGAGUGAAAAAUCAGUGUGGCUCAAGGAUCUUUAUUCAGAAAUGACUCCUCUACAACAAAAAUGUAUUAAGUCGAUCUUGGCAGCAAUUGCAAAGCCACAAAGAUAA